AUGAUUGUCGUUGCCUUGAAUGCCGUCUUUGCGAUCCGUAGGAGGGGAAGAAUUUUAGGGGACGGGGGUUCUGGCGGAGGACACGGAGGAACAGCGGAGCACGACGCGCUAAACAGUCAUUUUGGAGGAGUAUUCGAUGGUGGCGCUUCUCUAGAGUCUGGAGGAGAUAUGGUCGGUGUUGGCGAUUUCGGGGGCGGCAGUUCAAUCAGUGGGGCUGACGGAGGAGUCAUGGGCAGCAGUGACACUGGUGGCGGCAGUGGUGGAGGCGGUGGUUCUACGCCAUGUGAUAGCGGCAGUGGAGGCGGUGGCUGCGGCUUUUAA